CGGGAGCCUCCCCGGCCUUCCCCUCACGGCCGGGGCUGCCGGGCCGGGGCGGGGCCGAGCCUCCGCCGCCCCCGGGCCUGGCUUUCCUCGCGUCCCCGAGGCUGUGACGGCGACAGGGAAGCCACGUCUGGCACCGCCCGCGGCUGCUCCCCGGCAACGCCUCGGCAGCGAGCUCAGCUCGGCCGGGCCGGGCCCGCUCCCUUCCCGGAUCCCUUCCCGCUCCGUUCCCGGAUCCCUCCCCGCUGCCAUGCGCCAGGCCCGGCUCCCGGCGCCCCGCGGGCUCGGCUGCUUUGUGCUGGUGCUGCUGCUGCUCCUGGGCGGCUCGGGCAGCCCCGGCACAACGCCGCCGCCGCGGCCGCCCUGGGCGGAGCAGCCGGGAGCCGUCCCGGAGCGGGCACCGUGGGGCACGGCGAGGUACGAAGCCGUGAAGAAGCAUCUGGGAGCUCUCUCCAAGCAGUACUGGCAGUACCUGGCGUGCAGGGUGUGGCAGGAGGGCUGCGAGGAGGAGGAGAAGCAGCAAGAAGAGCGGGAGGCCGGGGCCGUGCCAGGCUGGGGCUUUCCCCUGGUGGGGCAGGAUUACCUGGAGAUCCUCUCUGCCUGGUACUGCAGCUUCGGCAGGUGCUGUGAGACUGGAGACUGCAGGAUAAUCAACAACAUCACAGGGCUGGAGGCAGACCUCAGUGGGCAUCUCCACGGGCAGCACUUGGCCAAGGCCGUGGUGCUGCGGGCGGUGCAGGGCUUCCUGCAGAGCCCAGGGCCCCGCAGGGCUCUGGUGCUGUCCUUCCAUGGCUGGUCUGGCACAGGGAAGAACUUUGUGGCUCGGAUGGUGGCCAGUCACCUGUACCGGGACGGGCUGAGGAGUGACUGUGUCAGGGUGUUCGUCUCCCUGCUCCACUUCCCACACCACAACUACGUGGACUCCUACAAGGCCCAGCUGCAGAGGCAGAUCAGCGAGACCCUGCAGCACUGCAGGCAGGCCCUGCUCAUCUUCGACGAGGCCGAGAAGCUGCACUCCAGCCUCCUGGAUGCCAUCAAGCCCUUCAUGGCUCAACACAACAGCAAGGGCCAGGCAGAUCAGCAGAGAUCCAUCUUCCUCUUCCUCAGCAAUCUUGGUGGCAACACCAUCAAUGAGGUGGCCCUGGACUUCUGGCGAGCGGGCCGGGCACGGGAGGAGAUCUCCCUGGAGCUGCUGGAGCAGCGGCUGCGGCUGGAGCUGCAGGAGCCUGCAGAGAACAGUUAUGCCCACAGCCAGCUCCUCAGAGAGAACCUGAUUGAUUUCCUGGUGCCCUUCCUGCCUCUGGAGUAUCACCACGUGAAGCUCUGUGCCCGGGACGCCUUCCUGGCCCGCGGGCUUCCCUACACCGAGGCAACGCUCGACCAGGUGGCCCAGAUGAUGGUGUUUGUCCCCAAAGAGGAGAAGCUUUUCUCUGCACAGGGCUGCAAAUCCGUGCCCCAGCGCAUCAAUUAUUUCCUUCCUUGAACGCCAGGGGGACCAGCCGUGUGCUGAAGGUGUUCUGCACUCCGGGAGCUGCUCCCUUCACACAGGGGCAGAGGCAGAUGAGCCAGCCAGGCACUUGCACAGGGACUUAACAGAGACUUAAGCGCUGUUACUCCCAGAGCUGUUGCAGGGAAGGAGCAGCAUCCCUUACUCCUGGCAGGUAGGGACAGCCUGUGCUUGGCUGCUUUUGGAGCCUGUCUGGUGCUCUAAGUCCCUUCUUUUAGCUGGAGGGGUGAUGUGGUUCUGCUGGCAGAUGCUGUUCCAUGUGAGUGGGGACUGGGAAUGUCCAAGUCCUUGUUUUGUUGAUGUGUGGUGAAGGGAGGCCUUGGACAGGCUGGUUCUGUUGAGACAGUGUGGCCAAAGCCACAUCCCCAUCCCAAAUUUUCUCUGUCAUUUUACAAGACUACACAGAACUGCUCUGCUGGAGUUGAGGUUUUCCCCUCUGUUGCUCCCUUGCCUUUCUGAGGUGGCUGCUGCUCAGGGACACAGGUGCCAGGACUGUAGUCUGUGCAGGGAGAAAAGGACUGAAUAAUCUCCUCUGGAGAUGGCAAAUCCAUAGCUCUCACCUUGGAGUGUCCACCUCUCCCUGGAGUCUUCCGUUGUAUGGAAGCAGCUGGCGGGCUGAGGGGAACUUCUGCUGCAAUUAUUUUACUGAGCAGGUUGGUGCAGAGCCCGUUUCCUUCACUGCAGAACCAAAACAGGGAGAGCUCCUCUAUCCAAGGGCAGGUGAGGAGGAUGGUGGCUGAAGCAUCAGGCUGCAGCUGAAUGUGAGUUUUUAUGGAUGCAGUAAAAGCUUGGGUUUUUUCCUUC